CAAUGGAAGCAACAAAAUGUACUGAAUCUUGUCUCUUGGGGCCAAUUUUCUAUCGGACCAGGGUUGCGCCGGGUGCACAAUCUCAGCGCUAGCUUUGAACUGGAAAUCCUCCGCACUUACUGCUACAACUCGCCUCACAGUUAGUGAUUUAUUGGCGGUGAUUAGAUCGUUUGGUGUGCGAUUACGUUUUGGAGUCGUGUUUUAGUAGUUCAUUUUCUCGUUGCGAAGGCGGGGUCGGGAUCAUAGUGAGGGGCGUGACAGGGUUGCGAAGUCGCGGCUCUUGCUCUGGGUGAUCGAGUUUUUGAGUUUCUCCUUUCUCUUGGUAGUGUGGUUUUGAUAGUCACUGAUAGCAGCCAUGUUCGGGCGUAUGCCGAAGAAGAGUGAUAACACGAAGUAUUAUGAGGCUCUAGGGGUGUCGAAGAGUGCAUCGCAAGAUGAGCUGAAGAGAGCUUACAGGAAGGCGGCAAUUAAAAACCAUCCGGAUAAGGGUGGUGACCCUGAGAAGUUCAAAGAGAUUUCACAAGCGUACGAAGUUUUAAGCGACCCCGAGAAGCGAGAACUGUAUGAUCAGUAUGGAGAAGACGCUCUCAAGGAAGGAAUGGGUGGAGGUGGAGGGCACAACCCAUUUGACAUCUUCGAGUCAUUCUUUGGCGGUGGUGGAAGCCCAUUUGGAGAUUCAUUUCCUGGCGGAAGUGGGAGGGGUGGUAGCAGGCGACAAAGGAGAGGGGAAGAUGUAGUUCAUCCUUUGAAGGUUUCAUUGGAAGAUCUUUACAAUGGCACUUCUAAGAAGCUGUCAUUGUCUCGGAAUGUACUUUGCUCCAAAUGUAAAGGGAAAGGAUCGAAGACUGGUGCAUCUAGUCGGUGCGCAGGAUGUCAAGGUUCAGGCAUGAAGGUCUCAAUUCGCCAGUUGGGACCGAACAUGAUUCAGCAGAUGCAACAUGUAUGUUCAGACUGCAGAGGUUCAGGAGAGACCAUUAGCGAAAAGGACAAGUGUGGGCAAUGCAAGGGUCAGAAGGUGGUGCAGGAUAAGAAAGUGUUGGAGGUUCAUGUAGAGAAGGGCAUGGCGCAUGGGCAGAAGAUUACUUUCCAAGGCGAGGCUGAUGAGGCGCCCGACACAGUGACAGGAGACAUUGUAUUCGUUUUGCAACUGAAGGAGCACCCGAAGUUCAAGAGGAAAGGGGAUGAUCUGUUUGUGGAGCAUACUUUGAGCUUGACUGAAGCGUUGUGUGGUUUCCAAUUUCCUCUGACGCAUUUGGACGGAAGACAGCUACUGAUCAAGACAAAUCCUGGAGAAAUCGUAAAACCAGGUCAAUUUAAGGCUAUCAACGACGAGGGUAUGCCACAGUAUCAGAGACCUUUCAUGAAGGGUAAAUUGUAUUUGCACUUUACGGUGGAGUUCCCUGAGUCGGGUUCACUGUCGUCGGAGCAGUGCAGAAUGUUGGAAUCUAUUCUUCCACCCAGAGCAUCCAGCCAUUUAACUGACAUGGAUCUAGACGAAUGCGAGGAAACAACUUUGAUUGAUGUUAAUAUCGAGGAGGAAAUGAGAAGGAAACAUCAGCAGCAACAAGAGGCCUAUGAUGAGGAUGAGGAGUCCUCUGGACCUCGCAUCCAGUGUGCUCAACAAUAAGCACUCUGAUUUCGUCCCUGGAUCUUGUAUAGGUUAAAAGUAGGGAGCCGGGGGGUGGUUUUACAUAUAUAUUCACAUACGUAUAUACACAUACACACGACAUUAUAUCGUGGACCAUUUUUAGAAAUGUCUUGGUAGACUUAGUACUCAGACGCAAAAUCGAGGGUAGAUUACUAAUUUCUCGGAAGCUGAGUACGUAUCGAAUUACUUAGAGAUGUAAUCGAUGAUGUCCUAUCAGUAUCUACGGGUACUUCGAAUAUUUCGUUCUCAAUUGUUGAGGGCGCCUUUUCUGGUAACAUGGAACAUAUUUUUCGAUUCUUCAUUAU